UCUAAAUUGUUGUUUUUAUUGUAACAUUAGAACUCAUUAGUCAAAUAAGGCAAGAAAAUAUAUCUCGCCGGUGCAUGCAAAUGAAAACAAUCAAACAAUGAAAAGUCUCAUUAAUUUAAGGAACAAGUUUCUCAGGAGUAUAUCAAGUUCUGAAGUUACUGUCAACUGUUGGUUUUGUAAUGAAAAUAACAGAAUAACAAGGACUGAGAAGCAGUCGUGGAUCUGUUCUCACUGUGAGCAAUAUAAUGGUUUUACAGAGGAUGGUGGUUAUAAUCAAGAUUUAUCUGAACAAUACAAUGUCAAGGAUUACAAGACUAAACCGUUGUGUAGCUCAAUGGAUUCAAGUGAAACAGAGGUUUUGCUGUGCAAGUCAUGUAGUCAGAAUCAAGUAAUGAAAGUUAGACAGUUGGCAGAUUUUACUCCUUUCCAUGAGAUAAACUAUGACCAAGAAAUAGAUAUGUACAAAGAUUAUUUAGAGCAUCUGUAUUCUCUAUGCCAAACAUGUGAAGCCAAAGUGAAUAACUUUUUGUGUCAGCAAGAUUUGUCCUUGAUGAGCCAGUUGGAUGAUUCCUUACACCACAGACUUGCUGAUCUGAGCCGAGACAUAAAUAGCCACAUUGAAAGUGAACAAAAAUCAAGUCAGGGAAGUUAUUCAAUUCUGAUGUCAAGAAUAAUGCUGGCACAAAGUAGUCUAUGUUCAGCAUUUCUAAGUAUUGUCAAUCUCAGAUUGUUGGCAGGCUCUAUGUCCAUGUCAAGCAGUACUGCCAUCUCAUCCUAUCUGGCCAAGGCUUCUGGUUUUCUUGUCACAACAAUACCAGGACCUCUAGCCUUGGACAUGAGAUGUAACAUUGCUUUUAUAGGUGUGGCCUUAUGUCUAUGUGGUCUUUACUGGGCAGGGAAGUAUAGCUAUUAUCCUGAAGAUGUAAUCCACAUACUGCUAUGGCUGCUGACAGUCAUUGUUUUGUCAUUUGUGGAUGUUUCUUUACUGUGGAAUCUCUGCUUGAAUAUUAGUACAAUGGGCAUCUCUAUUCUUUGUUGUUUGAAAAAUCGAAAGCCAAGAAAUAUCACAUCAGCUUCUGUACAACGGAAAGAUCUAUUGAUAACAAUCAAGCCAAAUAAAAGUGAUUCCUAUGAAACUUCUCUUACUUCUGGUGAACCUUUGAAAUCAAACCCAUUUGAUCAAGCAGGAAAUGUUGAGCCACUUCCCCAACAUGAAACUGUACGACAAAAUCUGGAAUCAGUUUCUCUUGGACUUGGGAAAAGGUCUGGAUCAAGCUCCAGCUCAAGCAUUUGGUGUUUGCCUUCCAUUGUGACAUCAUCAUCUAGUCCAUCACCAUCCAAUGCCACUUGUGAGUUUACACCAGAUUCAUCAUCUGACCAGGUCAUGCAGAGAAAGGGAGUCUUAUCACCAAGUCGACUUGGUUUCCUUUCUUAUGAUCCUUAUUCUCCAUCAAAAGAUAAAUCAUCAGAUCUUUCUCGAAGUGAAUCACCAUGGUCACCUAUUAGUACAUUUGCUGCUUGUAAAAAUUCUCCUGAGCUGCUUACCCCACAGCCUAUUUCAAGAACAUCAUCAUGGCAGCAGAGAUGUCCCAGUGCCUCUAAAUCUGAUUCUCAUCUAGGACCCUGUGAUUCUCAGGGAGAUAUAUCUUCAGCUUCCAACCGACAUUUGAAGAGAAUUAGCAAAGAAACAGCAGCAGCUGAGUCUACUGGGGUCUGUAAUCAGAAAGAAAUUAACCAAUCUUUCACAGCCCCUAAACCACUGGCCCCACGCAGAUCAUCUCGCAUUGCAAUGGCUGGUAGACAAAAAAAGCCUUGGCCCCUCCAGAAAUCUUACAGCUGCACAAGUGCAUUUGAUUUUUACAAUGGAGAAAAGGCUGGUCAUUCUUAUCCUCCCGAAGUGACCAAUUUGAAGAACGUAAUAUUCAACCAUGGACAGCCUGAGUGUAUGACAAAAGUCAGUGACAAUGUUACUAUGACAGACAAGCAGAAAAAGCCUAAAACAUCCAGUAAAAAUGGAAACACAAGACAUCAAGACUUAAGAGUUACCAGCAAGUUUGGUUUGUCAGAAAUGUCUGAUGAUGAAAACUGGGAGUUCAAUAAAACAGGUUAUCAAAGAAAGGAGCCAAAGUAUAGGGCUGAUCCUGAUUUUUCAUGGAAAUGGAUGUUUUUGGGUCUUGUCAUUGGUGUCAGCAUCACAAUAAAUGUCUUCUUGCUGUGCUGCAAACAACAGACUGGUGCUGCUUGAUGUGGUUCAUGCAAGAUGGUCUAGAAAAUAAAUGUAUAGUUAUUUUGUUGGUAUGAGAAAUUUAUGCACAUCAGAUCAUUGUUGAACAAUGAAAGGAAGUCAGGCAAAUACCUUUCAUUUACACUCAAAAGUUCACUAAGUAAACUUUAUGUAAACUUUUUUUUUACAAUUUUAUGUCAAUGUUUAAACUGUAUGAUUGAAAAGUUUGAUACUUAAAUGAAAAUUAUUUAUAUUGUUGUGCCAUUUUUCAAUAUGAUAAGUUAGAUGUAUUUAUUAAGUGUCAAUACAUACUUUUCAAAAAUGUUGUGUUGAUAACAUUUGUUUGUAAUUUACAUUAUCUAUACUUUUUUUUUUAGUCUGACUUGUCUGUUGCAUUGUAGUGAAAUAUUGUUGACUAUAGAGUCUCUUAUAACAAGAAUACAGUUUUUAUAUUAAUGUUAAUUCCACUCACAAAUAAUGUUAAAAAAUGGUCAUUAACGAUGAUUCUAUUAAUCAAAUAAUGUUAACACUUGGGCAUUACCUAUGAUAGUGUUGAUCAAAUAAUGUUAAAAAAUGGGGCAUUACCUAUGAUAGUGUUGAUCAAAUAAUGUUAAAAAAUGAGGCAUUACCUAUGAUAGUGUUGAUCAAAUAAUGUUAAAAAAUGGGGCAUUACCUAUGAUAGUGUUGAUCAAAUAAUGUUAACACUUGGGCAUUACCUAUGAUAGUGUUGAUCAAAUAAUGUUAAAAAAUGGGUCAUUACCUAUGAUAGUGUUGUCUUAAUUGUGUAUUUAAAGCAGUGAUGACAUUUUCAUGUAAUAUGUAAGAUUGUCAAGAAGCAUUUUGUUUUAAUGAUGGUCUUUUAGAACCCUGUGGUCUGAUCCAGUAGGUUAUAGAUAAGCCUACUUAUCUGCUGUUUUACCCAACCUUAACCCUAACUUGACUGGACAUCAGGGGUGGACUGGGUGUGUGUCAAAAUCAGCUAUGGCAUUACUAUACAUCUGGCACACAAAUUGUGAUGGUGGUCAUUGAUUCCUACUUGUCUUCAUAAUAUUCAAAGUUUGAUAAUACAGCACAAACUGAAUGCAUACAUACUUGGAUUAACAUACUUUAUAGUAUUUAUACAUGUAUAUAUAUUGCUUGUAAUAUACAUUAUACCCUCAAUUACUUAAUUAUGAUUGGAUUAUGUUCACAGUAACUACAAGUAUAGGCAUUAUGUUGUUAAUUGCUUGGUUCAUAUAAGCUAUUGAAGCUCACCAAAGGCAUGGUAUAGGGAUAUAAGCUAUUAAACAUUAUUACAGAAAAUGUAUUAGAUAGGCUACUAUUACACUGUAAAUUCUGUAUAUGAUUGUUACAUAGUUAGUUGAACCAUGAUAAGUUGUUAUGUAUUUAGACUCUUUGCUAUUAAAAAAAUAAUUAUAUUCUAUGGCCAGUUGAGACACUAUUAGAGGCUUUUCUAUAAAAAAGUAUUACUGGUCUUACUGCUAUUUCAAGUGGCUCAUUUGUGUAUCAGACCACCAGACAUAUGCCCAUAUAGCCAGUCCACGCCUGCUGGACAGCAAACAUGACUUGAGCUAGUUAUAGGAAUCUGGAUGUUCAUUUAUUUUUUUCACCUCAUUCUGUGUUUUUGCUCUGUUAUUGGUCAGUUCAAGGUCACUGUUGUGAUUGUUAUUAAGCUGUGAGUCUGUGAAAUCUUAAUGUAUGCAUGCAUCUUGUGAGUAAUUGUAACACAAGAUUCCAUUUAUCACCUUGUAAUGAAACAACAAAUACUAGUGUACCAAUACCAUGGCUUUAUUCGACAAAAUUAGACUACAGUAAACAGUGAAUGAAACCAGCACGUCUCGCAUAACACUGAUGCAGUGAUGCAGUACUAUACACACACACACACACUGGACAUGAAACACACACACUGGGCAUGACCUCCUGAAAAUCAACUCAGUUACACUACACACCUUGAAUAUAUCCAGUCUAACAAAUAGGUUAAUGAGUCCACUCAGUUUGCUGGAUGGCUGCCUGAUUGUGCAGUUUGCGCACUGGACUGUCAUUCUGACUUAUUGAUUGUCCUGGGUUUAAAACCCUGCCCAUUCCCCAUUGUCCUGCUGUAGGUUUGGACUAAGAAGUAAAUUAUUUUCAACUCUGAAGGAACAUCUGAAACAUGUAAAACAUUUUACAAAUAAACAUUUCACAAUAAAAAUGUUGGCCCUAAACAAUGUGUGUACUGUAACUUUAUAUUUUUCAUCAAAAAUGUUUGUGUGAAUUAGUAGAUGUAUUUUUUAAAAGUAUGUAUGGAUUAGUGGAGGUAUUUUUAAAAGUUCUGAUACUGAAAUGCUUAAUACUCUGUCACAUAUGAAAAGGUCUCCUUUAGAAAUGACAAUUUACUUAGUUACUCUUCUUUUUAAAAAAAGCAAAAACUAAAUCAAUUGUUAUCUAUGAUCAUUAACAAUACAUUUGGAUUAAAAUCUAUUUGACCUGAUCCUGCAUUAUCUUCAACUUACACCUCACAGCAACUGAUUCAACCUGCUCUUACAUUAACUUACACUUACACCUGGCAGUAACUGAUUCUUAAAAGAAAUUUUUGUUAAGGCCACGCACAUUUGAGCAACAUAAGUAGGUCACCAACUCUUCUGCUUAAAAAUACAGUACUCCUCACUAAAAUUCUUGACCUUAGCUUUAGAAAUAUUAAAUGAAAAGAAUUUCUACAAUUAAAGUUUUAAUUUAAUGUUUACAAAUUGUCGCUUUAUUGUUAACAAUGAGAAUCUUGGGGACAAAGCCUGUCAACCAGAGGACAGACCUUUACAAGGUAUUUCUGUUGCUAAAAAUGUAUCUGGAUGGCCCAUUGAAGCCCAGAAAAUCUGAGCUAAAAAAACAAAACAACUGUGAAUGCUAGUAACUGAUGCCUUUUUCAAACUUAAAAAUUGUAUUUGAUACCAGAGUAAUCAUUUGUAUUUUAUUAUUGUAAUAAACAUAAUUAUGUUCUACAA